UUCUGACUGACGUUUCAAGUAUUUACCACGGUGUAUUUACAUAUUUUAUUUAAAAAGAUGUUGAGUUGUCAAAAAAUGUAAUAUAAUAAUUUUAAGAUACCUGCGAUCUUAAAACAUAAAGAUGAACCUAUGACACAAAGGAUUUUCAUUAAUUAUAGAUAAGAGGAAUUUAUAGGAAGAUAAGCAUUUUGUAUAUACAAAUGAGUGACCAAAAACAUUACAUAUCAUUUUAAUAUAUUUUGUAAUUGCUUUUAUGAAUCAUUUAUAAAUUAGUGUAGAAGAUGGAGAAUGGGCAUAACAGCCGGGAUCGAAAUAAAGACAUUAACUGGUCCAGAUUUGGUUUGGGCAAUGAAGCUGUUGGAACAAGAGCAAAUACAAGUGGAUUUGUUGAUUUAUCAACUGAUUAUGGUGUUGGAGGGCAUCAGGCAUCUGGAGCAAAUGAACUGUUUGCGGAAGAACAGGGAGACGUGCCUUGGUGGAAAUCUAAUUUUUUCAUAUCCCAGCCGGUGUUGUUUGGGACAUGGGAUGGUGUGUUCACUUCAUGCUUGAUUAACAUAUUUGGGGUCAUUGUGUUCCUAAGAUCAGGAUGGAUAGUUAGUCAAGCUGGAGUUUGUAGUGCAAUUAUUAUUGUUUUAUUUUCAGUGAUGACUUCAUUAAUUUCUGUGUUAUCCGCUGUUGGUAUAUGUGAAAGAUGCAGAAUUGAAAGUGGAGGAGUUUAUUUUGUGAUAGCACAUACUUUAGGAUCAAGAUUUGGUGGCUCACUUGGGUUGUUAUACUGUUUUGGACAGGCUGUAGGUUGUGCAUUGAACGUCCUGGGUUUUGGAGAAUCCAUGGCUGAACUGAUAGGACUAGGAGACUCAAAAUGGACAGUCCGAGUGAUUGCCAUGGCAGCUGUGCUUCUACUGAGUGUUAUUAAUGUAGCAGGAGUGAAAUGGGUCAUUAAAUUGCAGUUUAUUUUGUUGCUAAUUUUACUUUCUGCCGGACUUGACUUUAUGGUUGGCAGCUUUGUACAUACUGAAGAUGAUAAAGGAUUUAAUGGUUGGGUCAGCAACAACAUGAUGAAUAACAUGUGGUCAAAUUACACAGAAGGUUACAGUUGGUUCACUAUCUUUGGAGUGUUUUUCCCAACCAUAACUGGGGUCUUGUCAGGAAUAAACAUGAGUGGAGACCUAAAGGCCCCAUCAACGAACAUCCCCAACGGUACUUUAGCUGCAAUAGGCACUGCAACAUUUCUCUACCUCGUUUUUGUAAUAUUUUUGGGAGCCACCUGCACCAGAGCAGUCCUCCUAAAUAACUUCAUGAUUGCUAAAGAAGUUUCAGUUAUUGGAGUGCUGUUUUUGGCUGGAUUGUACGUGUCAUCCAUGUCAAGCUGUUUGGGGGCUAUGUAUGGCACACCAAGAGUGCUGCAGUCUAUUGCUCUUGAAAAUGUUAUACCUGGGAUCGGCGCCUUAGGAAGAGGAAGAGGCCCUAACAAAGUGCCUUUAUAUUCGAUGGCGGUAGUAGCAAUUGUAACUUUUGCCUUCAUUUUCAUUGGAGAGAUAAAUACAUUGGCUCCGAUUGUAACAAUGCCUUUUCUGCUGACUUAUGCAGCUAUAGACUAUGCCUAUUUUGCCUUAGCACAAACUUUUGAUAUUCAGCACCAAAGAGAACAAAGAUUUCAUCGACCCAAAGUCCAGUAUAGCAGUGACGACAGCGAUUUGGAUAGGCUGUUUCCUGAACGUACAAGGCACAAAAUUUUAAGGGGAGAUUCCAGUUCAAACUCUGUCAGUAGCCCAGAAGAUAACAGUGAACAGAUGCCUAUAACACCAAAAAUUAACAUACAUUCUAAACAGAAAAAUUGGUACUCCAAUUUAUGCAACAGAUGGCUCUCACUAUUUGGAGCCGCUUUGAAGAUUUGUAUAAUGCUGUUAGUGAAUUGGUACUACGCCCUAGCUUGUAUCAGCGUGGUAUUUUUGGUUUGGUUGUACAUAGGAACCGCGAAUCCAGCUGUCAAGCCAGGCCUGGGAUCAGAAUUUCGCUUUUUGCCGUGGAUUAAGUCUCUUAUUCUUAGGCUGUUAGGGCGAAGGGUUACGGAUUACGAACAAAUUGUAGUCACCCCUGUCCAUCCCGGAAUGGACGUAACUUCAUCGCAGUUAAACGAAGACAACCAAGAUUUCGCAAACAGAAGACGUUAUCACCAAUCAGCUACCGUCCAUGGUCACAUAGUCGCUAUUGACGAUUGAAGAAGACCAGCAAUACGAUUUUGAGGUUAAGUGAAGUUUUCAUCUGUAAAAUUGUUUUCUGAUUACUAUUAUUUACAUGUUUUAACUUAAUUACUAAUUUUGAUGUAUAGCCAUGGCUGUAUAAUUGUAACAUGUAAAAUUAUUUCUUUGAUCAAAUUUGUGAACAAGAAUUUAGUGAUGGGUUUUAUGAUUCUGGGGUCUCUGUAUUCAAAAUAGAGCUAAAAUAUCAAAAUUUUAAUAAAGCAAUAGCAAUGGAAUAUGCAAUAUUUACAAGGCUUAUUCGUAACUGCAGAUGAAACUAAUUCUUCAAAAAUCACUGAAGAAAUACACUAGUGGAAAAAAAUUAAGGGAUAAAAAAAAUCUCGAUUUUUGCGAUUUUUCGAGUGGCUGUAUCUUUGGUAAAAAUGGUCGUACGUGAAUGAAAAAAACAAGCAAUUUGAAUCUUGAAGUGUCUAGUUUAUAAAUCUUGCGAUAAAAAAUUUUCCAACCAACAAUUAGCACAAAAUCCUGAUGAAUAUCAUGGAUAGAAAAACGCAAUCCUUCAAUUUCUUCAAAAAUUCACUUGCAUGAAACAAUAAAACGGCUUGAUGGAUCAGGUUGAAAUUUAAUAGGGCUUUCGGGGGAACAAUGGCCUGUAAGAUGCACACUCAACAUUAUUCAUUUUCUCAAUAUUCUCAAUGUGGCACGUGAUUUUCUAAAAAACCUCAAAAAGACCUGUUUUCUGAAAUUCUUCAGUCAUGCUAGGGAUGAAAAAAAAAUUUUCUCGUGAAAGAACAUGCCAGAACCUUGUAGAGAAUGAAUCGAAGUUUACGAAACCCGCCUUCCAUUUUCUGAGUGGCCAUUGGUUCCUGAGAUAUUGACGAGAGAAAGGAAAUGACGCAUUUUUGUUCAUUUUCUGAUAACUCGGCAAGGAAGGGUCAUCUCGAGGCCAUCGAAAAAAGGAAUUGAAGCUAAUUGAACCACCUAUCUAAUGCAUAUAGUGGUUAUGUCGAGAACAUUUAUUUAAAGUCCGUACACUAAAAAAAAAAAAAAUUCAAAAAUUUUCUAUCCAUGAUAUUCAUCAGGAUUUUGUACUAAUUGUUAGUUGAAACAAAUUUUUAUCGCAAUAUCCCUAAACAAGACACUUCAAGCUUCAAAUUUCUUUUUUUCAUUCACGUACAACCAUUUUUACCAAAGAUACAGCCACUCGAAAAAGCGCAAAAAUCCAGAUUUUGUUUUGAUCCCUUAAUUUUUUCCACUAGUGUAUUAAAUUUUAUGUAUAUAAGUGGGGUUAUUUGAUGUCAGAUGUCGGCGGUAAUGACAUUACAAGUUGACGUAAAAAUUUACAAAUGCCUGUAAAAAUGGUAUCAUUAAUAGCGGGAACAGGAAAAAUAAAACACUGAUGUACUUUUGAAACUAAAAUCUACAAUAAAAUUCGCCGUCUACCUCUUUUUACCAAGGGGGCGAAUUUUAUCAGUACAUUUGUCGAUUCUACGUCAAAAUAUUUCAUUUAGACACACUCCGUCCCUGGUUGUUAAACCAGAAAUAUCAAGUUUAAAAACCACAUAAUAAAACCAUUCUGUAAAAAUAUAACGUCCACAUGUGACAAUGCCUAACAUUUAGUUGUGAUAAAUUGUGAAAACUUCAUCGAUUUCAA